UUAAUAUAUAUUUUGUAUAGGAACUCCAAUUAGUCGUCUACCCAUCAUGGCCAAACGCGUGUUGGAUUUGUACACACUGUAUAAGUUAGUCGUCCAGAGGGGUGGCAUUGUCGCGGUCAUCACCAAGAAGUUGUGGCAAGAGAUCAUCCGAGGCCUGGGCCUACCUCCUUCUAUAACGAGUGCCGCAUUCACAUUACGCACACAAUACGUCAAAUACUUGUACGCCUACGAGUCGCGGAUGAACCAGUUCAGUACGUUGGACGAACUGAACAUGGCGAUAGCGGGCAACCGGCGCGAGGGCCGGCGAAACAAGUCGCUCAUGUAUUCGGACAUGCCACCGCCACCACCCGGACACCCACACCACAAUCAUCACAGCCAUCACCAACAAGUGCACGGUGGCCACCCGCACUCUAUGAUGGGCGGUGGCGCCCCGCCGCAGCCGUCGUCACAACAACAACAGCAACAGCAACAGCAGCAGCAGCAUCAGCAACAGCAACAGCCGCCGUCGUCCCAUCACCAUCACCAUUACGCCAACGUGCUGGCCGCCGAAGAUCGGUUUCGUCACCUUGCCGCCGCCAUCAUCGACAACCACCAUCACGCGGCCGCCGCUGCAGCCGCCGCCGCCGCGGCCGGCGUUGGUGUCGACCACCCCAGGCUACGGAUGCAAUCGUGCAGUCCACCGCAGCAUCAGCAACAACAAUUGCAACUGCAACCGGAAUGCAAGACGUCCGCGGUCGCGUUGCACCAGACGCCCCGAUCGCCGGCCACCAUCGGACUUCCACCGCCGCCACCCAUGCCACCGUCGUCGCUGUUCAACGGCCACCAGCCGUCGUCGUACCAACAACUCCAUCAACAGCAACAUCAGUCCAACACCGUCCAGUCCACCAACGAGCAGACAAACAAACAGAGAGAGCUCCUCAGCAUGCUAAUGUGGAUGGAUAUUGUCAGAGCGAAUCAAACCGCAAUGCCGAGACUACCUAUUUCGAGCCUGCCGUCCAGUCCAUCGGCCGCUGCAGCGGCGGCGGCGGCUGCUUAUACGGCGGCGGCUGCGCUUAACCUUACGCCCACGUACAAGGGACAGCCGAUGUCGGUGGUCGUUGUGCCAGAGCAGAGCGAAGCGUUGAACUUGGGCAAAAAGAGGACAUCGAACAACAACAACAGCGAGGACGAGGACGCAGACGGUGACGGUCCCGACGAGUAUGAUGGCGGACGCGAGUCCAUGUCAUCCGCGGCGAAGCGCAUCAAAACGGAACGGUCUUCGCCGCCCGUCAGUGGCUGUUCCAGCGAUGACGAAAAGGCCGUGGCAAAGGCCACGAGCAACGGCAGUCCGUCGCCGCCCCAACCGUCGGCCGCCGACGACGCCGCGUACAGGUCCGACGUGAGGCGUAGCUCGUCGCCGAUAGACGAGGACGUGGUCGAGAUGGACAUAAACACGUCGGCUACGGCUGGUCCGUCCAGUAACAAUAAUGGCUUGGCGAUUUCCGUGACGCGCAGAACGAAAAACGGAGUGUACAUUGGCCAACUCACCAAAAACAACGCAUUGGUCAACGGAGGAUUGAACAAUAACGUGAAUCCAUUCGUUUUGCACCUGAACGGCGAUCUAUACACCGGUCAAUUGAAGUUGCAACAGCAGCAGGUGGCCAAUAACUGAGUAUGCGAUGUUUCUCUCGCAUCGACUACCGGAGAAGUGCUCCGAUGCAAAAAUUAUAAAUUCGUCUGAUUUUUAUAUAAUAUUAUUAUCCUUAUAUAAAUAAUACACGUGUAAUAUAUGUAUCGUUUUAUUUUAAUGCAAUUUGGAUGUCGAAAUAAAGAGACACCAUGCCUAUACAGAUCAUAUAACGCUGUGUGGGUGCACUACAGCAUUCGACUAGAAAACGAAAAAUGUAUUAUUAUCUUCGCAAUUAGCUUUCGACUGAUUUUAUACUUGAAAAUGUCCCGUUGACUAAAAUAUAUCCAGCUGUAUCCAUGGCUGAUUUCAUAUAAUAUUAUAAUAUUAGGUUGGCCAGUAAGUAGUAGCCAACUGUGGUAUCUGCACACAGACCUCUUUUCUAUAAUAUUGUCAUAUUGUAAUAUAAUUCGUUUCUAGUUAGUCUUUCGUUCGAAAAAAUACUUUUCUUCCGCCAUGUUUUGUAUACGUAUUUGAGUUUGAGAUAAAUAGAAAGUUCGAUAUUUACAAAUUGUAUGAUUCAAUGUAAUAUAAAGAAAUUGAAAAAAAAAAUGUGAAGUAUCAGUGUAUAAUAUAUUAUAGUAGUGUAUAUAUUAUAUAUUAUAUACAGCACGUAUAGUGUAGUUAUUUUGAAGUUUUUUGUACGAUUUGUGUUUCAUCAGAAGUUUCUUCCUAUAGAUUGAUAAUAAUUGUAUUAUACGGUCUCGUCGGAUUGACGACUUUGUGUGUGUGUGUGUAUGUAAAAGUAUAAAUAUAUUGCGUAUAAAUAUAUUUAGAAUGUGUAAACCGAAAUCGGAAGGGUUCGUGGACUUGUGGACACUUUUUGUACAUAAAAAAUUCGAUUGUGAAAGUUUUUUUUCGUUGACUCAAUUUUGGUCAGCUGUAAGGUUUGUCUGUGACAGAAAUAAGACCUAAAAAAGAAAAAAACAUUUUAUAGAAUCGUAAAAUAGGAUUUCGCUGAAAAAUAAAUGAAAUUUCUGAGUCAUUCGAAUUUUCGAGAUUUUGUAUAUUAUACCUACAUAAUAUUAUGUAAUAUAUUAAGUUAUUCGGAACCAUGUACAUACUAUAAUAUAAUAAUGAUAUUACUAAAACUAUAAUAUUCGAAAUAAUUACGAUUUAUUAAAGUGUACCUUUAUAUUUACCAUUGAGUGGUUGUAACUUUAUAAUAUUAUAAUAGUUGAUCGAUUUUUCGUGUUUCUAGCUUAUUAUAUACAGUUUAAAGUAUAGAGUUAGCUCUUUUUCCUCAGUAUAUCUUACGAUGAAGUGUAACAUUAGUUUUGGAAAUUAUAAUAUUAACACAAUGGGGCGCGACGAAUACGUUUCAUAAUAUUAUGUAUAAUUUAUUAAAUAUAAACAAGUUUUUAGUUAAAUAUAAUAUAUAACAUAUUAUUUGUGCUUAAUGGAAAAUGAGAUCUCGUGUUUAAAUGAAUAAAAAU